CUUAAUUUAUUUAAGUGAGUGCUCGAAGGCUGGCGCUCGUAGUUACUGUAACUGUAUAGUUUUUAGAAUUUUGUACAGUUGUAACUUUUAAGCCGUAGAUGGUAGUCACUUGUCGGUGACUCGGUGUCGCGUGUACGUUGUAAAGACCAGCUGACACCGCGUUGAUCUCAUUCAUAAGAAGAUUGUCAAAUUUGCCGUUUUAAAAUUAAUUUUAUUAUUGUUAUUUUAUAAUUUUAUUAAUUUGUUACUUUCACUAAACGUAAUACUGUGUUGUAUAAUGGCGGCCACCAAGGGAAAAACAAGCAAAAAAACUAGUCCGGUAGUAAAUGCGUAUUUAUUCGCCUACAACUUCAUUCAAGUUUUGGGAUGGAGUUAUUUGUUAUUUCAAAUCGUUAAUUUCUAUUUGAAUCCACCCAAAUCUCAAGGAUUGUGGGAUGUCGUUAAGUAUACAGUUGGAAUUUUUCAAAACGCAGCAUUCAUUGAGAUUUUCAAUGUAGCUUCUGGUUUGGUUAAAUCUAAUUUGGCAGUUACCACUCAACAAGUUCUAUCUCGUGUAGCCCUUGUUGCUGCUAUAGCAUAUAUACCGGAGACAUCAGAUUCGCCAGGUCUACCAUUGGCCUUAACUGCUUGGUGCUUUGCAGAAAUUACUAGAUACUCAUACUACGGUUUCAAUAUCAUUGGUUUUAUCCCUUAUCUAGUUAUUUGGGCAAGGUAUACAUUCUUCUAUGUUUUGUAUCCAGUUGGUGUUAGUGGUGAAUUAUUAGUAUACUGGACAUCAUUAGGAUAUGUAGGAAGAACUAAAAUGUGGAGUAUUGAAAUGCCUAAUAAAUUAAAUAUUGCAUUUAGUUUAUGGACUGCAAUUGUCAUAGUUAUGCUGGUUUAUAUACCAUUAUUCCCUCAAAUGUAUAUGCAUAUGGUAUACCAAAGGAAGAAAACACUUGGAAGCCCAGAAACCAAAAAAGUACAAAAGAAAGUUCAAUGAUUAAUUACUUGUAUAUUAUACAACUGGGUCUUGGGUAUUGUUAUUUUUUGUAAAUUUUUGCCGUGUCUUUGCCAACAUUUUUAUAGACUGUUUUACAUAUAAUAUAUAAAUUAAUUAUUAUAAAUAACAAA